AUGAUGCGUGCCCUGGGCGCUUGUCGUGAUUUUAGUAGCGACAUCAACUUGGUGGCGUCCGAGUCAAAUGUGAGAGAUGCAGACGUGUCUAUUCAACCUAUCUUUGGUUGCAGGACGUCCGAUAUACCUCAAGCCUGGUUAGCAACGCUGGUGUCUCAUCCGAGUCCGGUGGUUGUACGGGGCUCUUCACCCGAGGUGAUGGCUCUCUUGGUUGCCUGGCUACUUGUCUUAGACAUGAUUGCAGACGCGCUCCUUGAAUUGUCGUGCCGGCCCAUCGAUACUCCCGCUUUGCGACCGCCCGGAGUUGCUGCAGGCCAGUUUGCCCUUGACACUGCCUUCUAA